AUGCUGACAUCCUUGAAGUCCCGCGACGACGCUAUAGCACAAGGCACUCCCAGCAUUUUAGCAACCACUAAAAACCUCUCACACAGCAACGAUGACUACUGGGAUGACAGCUCCGAAGAGUUUCUCCUCUCCAAUUAUAACAACGACACAUUUGCCGCACUCGAUACUGAAGUGUGGAAGAAAAAUAUCAAGAGAAGCAUCAAUGACGCCGUCUCAAAAAAUAUCACCUCCGUACUGGAAAAUCUCUUGAAGAAUUACGAGAACUCCCAAUUGCCAACUCAUGGUAAAGACGCAUACUCGAACCAACAGUUAGUAUACCAGUGGCAGAACUCCCAGAGCGUGAACUUUGUGCCCGGCAUGACUCUCUCGCAGUUUGACCUCAUCAGCUUUCCCUACAGGAACUUCACCUUUACUAGGAGAGAAGGAGACUUCUCAGUGCUCCAGGUGUCGUUCAACCUACAAAGACACACGGGCUACUUCUUGAUACAAGUGUAUGUUCCAUGCAUUCUCAUCGUAGUGUUGUCUUGGGUCUCCUUUUGGAUACAUCGGGAGGCGACGUCCGACCGCGUUGGCCUGGGCAUCACAACGGUUCUGACACUGUCUACAAUCAGCCUGGAUUCGCGGACCGAUCUCCCAAAAGUGCGAUAUGCCACUGCCCUCGACUGGUUCCUGCUGAUGAGUUUUUUCUAUUGUAUCGCAACGCUGUUAGAAUUCGCCGGUGUACAUUACUUUACGAAGGUUGGUUCAGGGGAAAUAGUCAUUGACGAUUCUGAAUGGGAGGAGCUGAUAGAAGAAGUCGGUGGAGAUGCAUUCGCCGCUCGCCAGUUGGCGAGCUUCUCUCUUCCGGUUAACAGUAAUACGAAUGAAGAAGAUGAUCUACAGACAGGCACGGGCACGGAAGAAUCAGGGGGCGCGGUACGUUUGACGAUGGAGCGCACCACGCAAACGGAGCGACGAGUGCCUCGCUGGCGACAGCUGCUCUACUGCCUCGCCGGAGACGACAAGUACCGUCGACAGAGACAAGUCGAGGCAGGAAGUCGUGGCCACAUCAACAGCGUGUCCCACAUCGAUAGGGCUGCCAGAGUGUUGUUUCCGGCAUCAUUCGCGCUACUCAAUCUUUUCUACUGGUUAAUUUACGCCUUUGCCAACGAUGACUUCGCCUGGAGUGAUAACCCUAUGAAUAGUCUCUCCCACUAG